GAAGAGAUGUGGGCCAGAUUUGUCAGAGAUGUCCUCAAACCUUACAUCUCUAGCCUGGAGAGCAACAUGGAGAGGAGGUUCCAGGAUAUUGAAGUGCUGGGGGCCUUCAGUGUCCUGGGUCCAAAGGCAGUCGCCUUAAAUGAUGAAGUCACUAACAUUUCAAUGUUGCAGACUCUCACAAAAAAAUUCAUCCCAGGGCAGGAGGACACUGUUAUACAAGAGUGGACCUCCUACAAGCAGCAUGUUCACGUUGGAACAUUUAAGGACAAAACACAAGCUGAGGUAAUGCAGCUCCUGGCGAGUGAGAAGGAUGAAUGGGCAGAGAUUUACCCAAACCUCUGCCUUUUAGCUUCAGCUGGGCUGGUCAUCCCAGUCUCCAGUGUCAACUGCGAGAGGGAUUUUUCCACAAUGAACAGGGUGAAACUGUCUGUUUUACAGGUGAAAACUGACCUGAGAAACAGGCUGAAAGGGGAGCACCUGGCUGCAUGUCUGCGGAUAGCAGUAAAUGGACCAGCACCAGAGGCGUUCCCAUACUCAGAGGCGUUGGAGCUGUUCUUCACCAAACCCAGAAGGAUUAAGUGCUCUGACAAACAGUGCCAUCUUUGUCAAUAAUGAAAAUGUUGGUCAACUCAAAUAUUGUCAUAUGUCAAUAUUAAGAUAAUUGUUCUAACAUCCCGUGAUAUAUUAUUUUACUCGUAUUGCUCAGCCUUAGUGUUAAGUCUUAUUAUUAUUUCACAUUGGUUUAACAUAGUGCAUAUUCCAGAACAUAUUUGUGUAAAUAAACACCACCUAAUAUAAUAACUAUAAACUAAUAUAGACUAUACAUAAAGAACAAAAAAGUGGGCGGGUUAAUGUGGCCCCGGGUCCAGUUCAGGUUCAAUAUAUUUCACUAUAGUCACAUUACGAAAGGAAAACAACUGAUGAUCAAACAUGUUAACAUAAAUAAACAUGUUAAUACAAACGUU